GUAAAGAUGGCUGCCACUGUGCUAUCUGCAGGUACUCUUUUCUCCACAACUUUGGGAUACUAAAGAGAAGCUGUCAUGGAAAAUGAAAGAUGGCAACAGACUCCUGAGCAAGAUGCCCUGGAGCACAUAUUUGCUUGUACAGACAAACACUUUCUGGAAGGAAGGCAUAUUGAUUCCUAUAAAGGGAGAGGAUUAUUCACCAAUAAAUCCAUUGAACCAUCCAUGUUUGUUGUUGAAUACCGAGGGAAGAUAUAUUCCAUCAAAACCACAACACCGAAAAAGGCAUGUGCGGACUCUCUGGUCAAUUAUUUAUAUGAGUUUUCAUGGAAUGGAUCACAGUGGUGUGUUGAUGCUUCAUCAGAAGACCGGACUCUUGGAAGACUUGUGAAUGAUGAUCACAUCAAUCCCAGUUGUGAAAUGAGAAAAAUAGUUUGUAAUGGAACACCACACUUGUGCCUGUUUGCAGUAAGGAAAAUAUCUCCAGGCGAGGAGAUAACUUUCAACUAUGGGAACUUGUCUUACCCGUGGCGCUCAACACUUGAAGACUCGACUGCAGCUUCUGAUUUUGAAAACCCUGUGUCUGAUGAAGAUGAUGAUGCCGAGAGUCGUGUCUGUGACAAUUCUUCCAACUCCAUAAGUCAACUGGACCUCAAUGAUGAUUCUCCUCUAAAAGAUUUAAACGACUCUCGAGAAAUGACGGGGAAUCCAAAGCAGCAACCUGGCGAUACUUCGUGCUCAAAGAGGGAAAUCAAGGAUGCCUUCAGCUCUGAUGGGCCCAGCCCAGUGAGAAGCCACAGAAGCAGAAAGGCUUUACAAAAGUCCAAACAGACUGUUUACGCCACUCAAAACUAUUGUUACUUUUGUGGCAAAGGGGUAUCUAAAUUGGCACGACAUCUUUUAAGGCAUGCUAAGGAAGAUCCCUAUCUGGCUAAAGCUGAUUCUUUACCAAAAAACUCCAAGGAACGACAAAGGAUAUUAACUGAAUUUCGCAACAAGGGGAAUUACAAACAUAAUCAAGAAGUGUUGAAAAAUGACAGUGGGGAGUUAAAAGUGAGUAGACGACUGAAAACUAAGGAUGUCAGUUUGAUUGCGUUCCUGCCCUGUCUAUAUUGUAAAGCUAUGUUUAAACGUGAAGACAUAUGGAGGCAUGUGCGCAGAUGUCCUGCGAAGAAAACAUCAGGCAUUGCGACUGGUGGUAAGACAAAAGUCCUUGGAGAUAUUGCUCUCGCAGAGGCUCCAUUGGCUCAAAAACUCACACCUGUUGUGAGAAAGCUACUUACUGACAUGAAACAAGACAGGAUUGCAUUUGCAGUUCAAAAUGAUUUCCUUCUGAUAAAGCUGGCAGAGCAUCUGUCUGACAAGUAUUCAGGUGAUCCAAGUAAACAGGAACUCAUCAGAGAAAAGCUGCGAGAAAUGGGAAGACUCUUGUUAGCACUGUAUGAAAAGUCAAUAGUCAGCUUCCAAGAAGUAAUCAAACCUUCUAACUUCUACAUAGUCAUCAAGGUUGUAAAGAAAAUCGCUGGCUUUGACGUGAACAAGAAGAGCUACAGAAAACCAAGUGUUGCUCUGAGGUUGGGAAGUUCACUUAGGAAAAUCUGUGCCAUUGCUGCUGAAGUGGAAGACUACAAUGAGCAGAUGAAACGGGAUGCUGAAACAUUUCUGAAUAUGUGUGCAAAAGAAUGGGCUGAGCUUGUCGCCCAACCAGCCCUCGCUUCAUUGAAAGGACAAAAGUUUAACUGCCUAUCGACAAUACCAUUCACACGUGAUGUGCAGCUUCUCUACAGGUACCUGGAAUUUGCAUCAGCAAAUGCAGUUAAAGGGCUUAGGAGAGAAGAAAGCCAGCAGGACUACGCUGCACUUUGCAGAUUGACACUUACACAUGUGUCAGUCUUAAACAAAUGCACCCCAGAGGUUUCAAAAAUGACUCUGAAGGCAUUCCAGGAGAGGGACGACAGCACAAAAGAUCUGUCCAGGCACUUCAUCAAAAUAAAUGUGGAGAGCAAGACUGGCAAGAGCACCCCUGUCUUACUGACCUCUCGCCUUGUCAGUGCAUUAACGCUGCUUGUGAGCAUGAGAAGUUCAUGUGGGGUACACAAAGACAAUCCUUUCUUGUUUGCAAAACCUGACUCUUCUCCAACAAGCCUUUACUAUGGACGGCCCAGCGUCAGGGCUUUUUCAAUUCUGUGUUGUGCAAAGAGCCCAGAGCAUCUCAGGGCAGUGCAUUUUCACAAAUACAUGGCAAGAGUCUUCCAGAUUCUCAGCCUGGAGAAUGAGGAGCUUGCUCACCUUGCUGAACUGCUGGGCCAUGACUUCCAGGCUGACAGGGACUUUUAUAAGUUAACUGCGGGAACUGUGGACCUUGCAAAGAUAGCAAAACUUGUCCAGGCAAUGGAACAGGGCUCUCUGGAAACAAUGAAAGGAAGGUUUCUGCAGGAGUUUGAGAUAGAUGAUGAACUUGCACCAGAGAUUAAUGUUGAAAUCGAUGCUGUUGAAGAGGAUGAUGAAGAAUCAGAUCCUGAGGAGAGGGAGAAGCCAAGAUCUCCAGAUGACCAAAGCACUUUUGGCAAUGAGGACUCCUCACAGUUGUUGUGCUCAGCAGUAGGUUCAAGAGGUGAAGAGCUGAACAAAUCACAAGCAGCAACAUGUGAUGUUGCAUCUUCACCGGCUGAACGAAGGGUUGAAGACUCAGAUGGACUCUCCAGUUCAGCAGAAUCCUGCAGUGACGAUGAGUACAUACCUCAAGGUGACACAGAUAUCAGUGGCAGCGAAGAAGAGCAGGAUGCAUUUAGUGAUGAGAGUUUAACAUGCAGUGACAACCAGCAGAACCUAGAAGAUAAAAAAGACCUAGCCCCUUCUGCAAGGCAGAGCUCUGUGCAGCGAAUGGUCACACGCUCAGGCAUCCAGUGGGAGGAGGACUCUGAUUUCUGCUCAUUUGCAAAGCCCAAAGGGAGACCCAGAAGCAGAAACUAUUGUUACAUUUGUGGGAAAGCUCAAAGUAAGCUUUCCCGACACCUUUUCACCCACAGACACAAGGAGCCGGAGAUAGCUGAAGUGUUUGGGAUGCGUAAAAACUCAGCUGAACGGCAUCAGCGGAUAAAUGAGUUACGAAACAGAGGAAAUCUAAAGCAUAAUGAAGAGGUUCUGAGGACUGGACAAGGAGAACUGAAACUGAAGCGAAAAGAUCCGGUCUUACCCCCGGUUAUGAAAGAAUGCCUAUUUUGUAAAGACAUGUUUACUUGUAAGGAGAUAAAGAAACACAUGCAAAGCUGUCCACAGAAGAAGACCACAAAUUCUCCAUUUUGUAAGAGUCGAGUUUUCACUACAGCUGCUUAUGCAGAGAUAACGGACACCCCUGAAAGCUCAUCUGAAUUUGAUAGCAUGUUAAACUCCAUGAAGAAAGAUGACAUUUCAUCUGCAGUUUUGAAUGAUCCCUUUCUGAUGCUUAUGGCAAGAUAUUUUUGCCUCUUGAACAAAAGAAACACAAAAAAAUCUGGCCACAUUACACACAAGUUGAGGGUGAUAGGGCAGCUUCUGUUGUCGUUGAAGAAAAAGUUGAUACCAAGCUUUGAAGAGGCCAUGAAACCUGAAAACUUCAGCAAAGUUGUUGAUGCUGCCCGAGAGCUUGCCGGCUUCGAUGAAAAGAGCAAGACUUACAACAACCAGACCUUUAGAGUCGUAUUAGGAGAUACACUAAAGACUAUUUCUGUCAUCAGUUACGCCAAGACAAUGAAAGAGAGUAACGAUAAACAGAAGAUUGAUGAAGCGGAGACCUUUGUGAGGCUGUGCAUGGAAGAAUUUAGCGGCAUCUUUAAAUCUAAAACAACAACACCAGCCGUACCGUUCAUACAGGACGUGCAGGCACUCUACCAGCACGUGGAGAAGACAGAAGCCUCUGCACUCGAAAGCAUGACAAAGUAUGCAAGUGCCCCAGUCUACACUGCAUUCUUCAAAGUAAUAGUUGCUCAUCUGUUAGUCUUAAACCAAAAUGUGGAUUUUUCUCAUGUGACACUAAAGUCGUUCCAGGAGAGAGAGGUGGCUGCGCUUCAGGAAGCUGAUGUUACCUUGUCACAAAUUGAGCAGAUUCUUUCAAAGAAAUCACUGAAGAUCAACGUGAUGGACAACCAGGACAAAAAAGUUGUCUUGAUAUUGACGCAUGAACUGUUAGCUGCAUUAGAGCUUCUCGUGAACAAGAGAGAAACAUGUGAAAUCCCUGCUGAUAAUCCCUUCUUAUUUGCUCAACCUAUCACCGCAGGAGGCAGCAAGUUGCGCUUGUUCAAAGGAGGCAUUUGCUUCACUGCGAUUGCUGCACACAGUGGUGCAAAGGACAAAGUGACCCUCAGGUCUGAGCUCUAUCGGAAGCACCUUGCAAGAGUUUUCCAGAUCCUUAGCCUCACAAAUGACGAGCUCGAUCAGCUGGCCAAACUGCUGGGCUGGGAAAUUCAGACAGACAGAGAAUAUUAUCAGAAACCAGAGGCAGCCAGGGACAUUGCUAAAAUCUUAGAGCUGCUAUCGGCCGUGGAGAACAAAGCUCUGGAAAGAUUCGAAGGAAAAUCUUUUGAGGAGAUUGAGAUUGGAGAUGAGUUGGUGGCAUAUGUUGAGCCAGUCCAUGCCAACAAAAAAGAUGCAGGGAAAAACAAAGAGGAAUCAGAAACCUCUUUUCAGAUAAAUGAGGGAUCCUCAUCAAGAAGGAGAGUACCCUGCAGUUUAUCCAGACAUUUUCCCUCAAGGAGACCUGUGCGAGGCCGGGGUAGGGGAAGAGGGAGAGGGAGAGGCAGGAGGGAGGAGAGUGAAGAUGAGGGGUCUGAGCUGAGUGAUGAGAAUACUGAAGAAGUUAUCACAGAGCAUGACGACAGAUCUGAAGGAGGGCCCGUGAGAUGUUCUGUCAGCACACCUCAGAGAACGCCGUCACACAGUAAUGAGGAUGCAACAAACAUGCUUUUUAGUGACGAUGACGGUGAUGACAUGGACAUGGACACCGAUGAGGACAUGCCCAGAUUUAAGGAAAAGGGAGAUGACAACAAAACUGCAUGGUUACCGGAUGUAAAAGACGAGAAGAAGAAAGACAAGGCUGAUACGAAGAAGAAUGACAAAUCAGCAAACACAACAGAAGACAUGGACUCAGGUCCAGAGGACGACAUGGAGGAGGAAGACAGAGAAGAAGAAGCGGAACAGAGUGACAGUAGAAGCUCCUCUCCAGUUGUAAAUAAAGAAAAGAAGAACAAAAUUGCAGCUGCUGUGGCUGGAAUGAAAGAAGUGAAGAUAAUGAUCCCAAAACUGGACAUUGCGAAGUUAAAGGCUCAGAUUCUCCUUCCUCGGUUGUUUGCUGGGAGUACACCUGCUGUGAAUGAUCAGCCGGUCCGUGCUGGAAACAAACAGCCUCAGAAGUCCUUGACAUCAACAGAUGCUGAUAAAAACAAGCCGUCCAAUGAGAAUGAAUUUCAGAUGAUCUGUUCCCACUGUAAGAAGAAGAUGAUGAAGGGCCAAACAGCUUUCCAGAAAAAAGGAUUCGCAGAUGUCUUCUGCUCCAAAGACUGCCUGUUUGAGAUGUUCCCCAUCAACAAACCAUCCACAAUCAAAUCCUGUCAUUAUUGCUCCAAAGGGAUAACUCAGCCUUUGGACCUCAUCAUGGCUGCUGUGGACCUUAAAGGAACUAUGAAGGACUUCUGCAGUACGACAUGCCUCUGCUCUUUUAAAUCCAACACUGAGUCCUCCCAAGGACCGCAGCAAGUCUGCGACAUGUGCAACGCAAUCUGCUCUACCAAAUGUGGGUUGACAUCAAAGGACGUUCUCUACAGGUUCUGCAGCAAACACUGCUUAGAAGAUUUCCGCAGAGAAAACGAAGCAGUGUGUGAGAAGUGCAGCUCUUCCUGCUUCAAACCAUUCAUGCUCAGUCUGGAGGAGGAGGUCGUAAGGCUUUGCAGUCAGCAGUGUCUACACGGCUUCAAAGAGAACAACGAGACACCUCAGAAAUGCACCAUGUGCUGCAUUUCUCGACCAGUGUCAGACAUGGUUACUCACAGCAUUGUCGAGAAGAUCGUGGAGCUCUUCUGCACUCGCACUUGUGUGAGUUCAUACAAGCUGCAACCUGAGAAUAUGCGCAAGUUUCGAGUUAUGAAACUUACUGCCCGUGUGAAGAGGAACAACAGAGACCUGCAGUCUGAUGCUGAGGAUGACAGGACCAUUUCAGACACGGGCAACAUACCGGCAAUCAUCAACUCAGACUCCAGGUUUUGUAACCUCUGUGGACUGGAACUGGCGCGAGGACAGAAAGUUUGCUGGCCCUGUUUUAGAAGGAAUUCUCUCCUGCAGAAGCCAGCAAAACAUCCACAAACUUCCAGCAAAAAAUGCUACAACUGCUCUGAGGUGAUAUCGCGACCUCACAACGUCAUCCUGGCUCCUGUGGAUGAUUCUGGAGCUAUGAAGGAACUAUGCAGCAACAAAUGCCUUGCCUCUGUCAACGCCAAGAAGCCCAAAGCUGCCCCCAAACCACCGACUCCUCCAACACAGUGCAAGAUGUGCAGCAAAACUUGCUAUAGCGGCUCCAGGCUGACUCUCGAUGAUCUCAAACACACCGUCUGCAGCGACGCCUGCUUCACCGUCUACCACAAAAACAACAACUUGUCUGUCGUUACCUGUGAUGUCUGCAGCGCUGCCACCCUCUACAAACGGUUAACAGUGAAGACAGAAGACGGCAGUAAAUCCUUCUGCAGCGACAAAUGUCUGGUCGAGUUCAAAGAGAGCAUUAAAAAUCUUCAGCCGUGCCUGAUGUGCCAGACACUCCAUCAGAUGUCAGACAUGUUGGAAAAUAAAAACCAUGAGGACAUGCUGGACUUCUUCUGCAGCAGCCAGUGCAUGAUGGUGCACAAAGCUCAGACCUUCACAGUGUCAGGAGGAAACACCCCGUUAUGUGAAAAGGAGGAAAUCAAAGAAAUCGAGCUACUACCAAAUUUGGACUUUAUUAAACAAGAGCCUAUCGAGGAGGAGUACAAGCCAAAUAUAUCAGACUCUGUAUUCACAGAAAUCAUCAAGGAUGAGCCCACUGGGACUGAGGAAUUUAAAACUGAAGAAGAUCCAGUUUUAUCCCCAGCAGGAGACCCCAUGUCUGCAGAGCCCACUCUUACACACAUGGAUAUACCGGCAUCCUGCUCCAACUGCAGUAGAGUCCUGAUGGACGGAGAGACGGUUUAUCAGAGGAAGAGCCACACAGAAAUCUUCUGCUCCUCUCUGUGUCUUUUGAAAUUUAACCAAAUGAAACCAGUCAAAAAGACCUGCACCUUCUGCCUUCAGGUGAUCAAACAGUCUGAGAAAGUCAUGCAGGCUCCAGUAGAUGAGGAGGGGACUAUGAAGGAUUUCUGCAGCCAGCCCUGUAUGUCCUCAUUUAACUAUAAGAGAAUGACGAACACCAAAGUGCCCAUCGUUCCUGUAGCUUCACACUCGCAGUGCAACAUGUGCAGCAGAUAUUGCAUCAGUAAACAUGAGAUCAUACUGCAGGACGUCAUCCACAAGAUCUGCAGUGACCGCUGUUUUCUGCGUCUCUGUAAUCUGAAUGACCUGUCAUUGUGUGUGAACUGUCACUCAGACUGCAGCACAUCUCUGAUCUUCAGGAUGGAAGAUGGCAGCAAAAAGCUUUGCAGUGCUGAGUGUCUGUCCCAGUACAAAAAGAAGAUCCAGACUCCGCAGCCAUGUGCCAUGUGCAGCACCACUUUUUUAAUUUCACUCAUGGUUGAAUCAAAAAACAGUGAGGGAGAGCUGGAGCUCUUCUGUAACAGCAGCUGUGUGGUCGGGUCUAAGAUCCUCGCUCUCUCAGGUGCUUCUGUGAAUUGUGACAACUGUGGAAAGUCUGUAGUGCCAUCCUGUCACUUCGCCAUGUCAGAUUCCUCCAUCAGAAACUUUUGUGGUUUAAGCUGUGCCAUGACUUUUAAGGAGUCUCAUAAAGACAAAAACAUCCAUACAAAUCCUGCAGGAGCCUCCGAGCAAACCCAGAGUGAUUUCCUGAAACUUCCAGAGAGACUGCUGUGUGUCCAGUGUCAACACACUAUCAAAACUACACCCAAAGUCAUCCAGUAUGAGGGUAAACUCCAGUUUGCAUGCAAGAUGUCCUGCUCUCAAAAGUUUAUGAGGGGGAACAACAUCCUUGGGAAGUGUGAACAUUGUAAGAAUGAAAAGAUCAUCAGAGACGUCAAGAGAGUAAACAACAAAGACUGCUACUUCUGCAGUGACGGAUGCAAAGUGCUUUUUCAGCGUGAUUUGAAGAAGCAGUGGGGGGAACACUGUGUGUCGUGUGCUUUCUGCCUCUCCAUCUCUAAGGCAGUUAUGAAAAAGCGCUACAGAAACUCAGACAUGGAGUUCUGCUCUUUUGACUGCAACUUGAAGUACGAUCUGCUAUUUAACCAUCUGGCAAAGUGCGACAGCUGUGGGCGUAAAGGUAAACUGACACAGAGUCUUCCUCUGUUGGGAGAGGUCAAAUAUUUCUGCAGCAUGAAGUGUCUCCUACAUUUCUGCAACCAACAGGUUCUGACAUCAAACCCAGCCUCCUCUCCUUCUCAGACUGUCAGCACAGACGAGUCCACCCCGGUCAUCGUUAACGUUAUCUCACUUGCUGAUACCUUGGCUGAACAGAACAGCAUCUCUGCUGGCUCUGCACAGCGUGGUUCAAACACACAGACAUCAUUCUCUGUCCCCGACAUUCAAACAAAGGUUGUUGAACAUGCCAGUGUUCAAACAACUCCUAAGGAGCUGAAGAAUAAGUCUCUGCUCUGCACGCCGUUGGUCCAUAACAAAGGAGUCUCCUGUACGACCCAGACUGUCCACACAGAAGCACAAACAGAAAACAUCAAACCCGUCGUCCUGCCUGUCCCGGUGCCGGUGUACAUUCCUCUGCCUCUGAACAUGUACAGCCAGUUCACACCGCAGCCUCUAGGUCUGCCCUUACCGCUGCCUGUUCCUGUGUUUCUACCCGGGACCACCGACAGCCUCCAUGAAGCCGGGAAAUCUACAAAGGAGGGGAUAAAGCCCACCUCUUCAGAGGGAUGCAUUGACCUGUCUGAGAUGACAAAAGUGCAAAAGGAGUGGAACAAGCAGACAGACAGAGCGGCAACAAAAGAAGGACUAAGAGAUGAAAUUGUCAUUUCACCAGAUCACUCCAGAAUCUGUGCUCUUGAGGUGGACGCAGACCAAGAGGAUCCACAGACAUCUCAAAGCUCUGCAGCGGCUCCUUCAGCAUCACAGCAAACUCAAGAUAGAGUCCACAACAAGAACAAGGGUCGUAAGCUGCAAGAACUUUUUAACACAGAUAAAGUGCAGGCACCUAGAGAAGAGUCAUCUGAAGCCAUGUCUAAAGAGUGUCACGAACUGAGGAGUGAGAGUGGAAGAGACGCCUGGAAGAGAUGGAUACAGUGGAGGACAACACAAACAAACCAGGGAGUGGUUUGUUCUCCUGCUGUGACUCUAAAGGAGGAGAUUCUUCACUGCUCUGCGAUGGAGCUGAGCGAAGGUCUCUGCUGUUUUAUCAGAGAGGUGAAACAACCCGAUGGACAGCCGUACUCACCUGAUUACCUGUUCUACCUGUGUCUCAGCAUACAGCAGUAUCUUUUUAAAAACAGUCGUACGGAGAACAUUUUCAGUGAUUCGAUCCAUAACAACUUCUCAGCUGAGAUCACAAAGAUCCUGAGAGGUUUCAAACCCUCAAUCACAGCCAGCGGUCUUGUCGAUUCCUGUGUGAAGGAGGAGUUUCUGUGGGAGUGUAAACAGUUGGGGGCAUACUCCCCCAUCGUCCUCCUCAACACUCUGCUCUUCUUCUGCUGCAAGUACCUGGGCAUCACCAAGGUGGAGCAGCACCGCCAGCUGUCCUUCGCCCAUGUUUCUCGCCGCACGAAAACCAACCCGGACUGUACUAAAUCCAGACUUCUGCUCUUUUGUCCUCCGACAACCAUUUUCAAAGCAGUAACAGACAAAGAUGGCGUCCCAGCAAAGAAGCGUAAGAGAAACAGAGUCACCGUCAUGAUGGAGAACAAAGAGAAUCCUCUCCGCUGUCCUGUCAGGUUCUACGAGUUCUACCUCUCUAAGUGCUCAGAGUCUAUGAAGAGGCACUCAAACUUGUUUUACCUCCAGCCAGAUCAGAGUUGCGUUCCCAACAGCCCUGUGUGGUUCUCCUCCACCCCUCUGGACGAACACACCAUGGACGCCAUGCUUGUUCGAAUCCUCGCUGUCCGACAGAUGUCAGGGGAGGAUGGAGGAUGUUUGGACUAAAAUCCGGAGAGAAAACAUUGAAAGCUGAAGAUUAAUCAGACCCAGGAAGAGCAGUCAGACAUCCAUAUACUAAACCAUUUAAAUUUUUUAUAGAGAACUCUUUACAUAUUCUAGUGUCAGAAUGCUUGUAAGAAAACAUGUUUAAAUUGGAUAAAAGCUUCAGAGAAAUUCUUUUCAUAAAGAAUCCCAUCAGUUUUUCACAGAAAGAUACAAACGAAACAAAACUUUGUCAUUAUGUAGUCUGUACUUAGAAUAUUGUGAAUUUCUGGUCGAAAUCAAACAAUAAUGUAAUGUGCUUUAAUACCACAGAAACAGAAAUACAAGUGCUCGGCCCAAGGGAUGUGCAGCAUUAUCGGUAUGAUAUCAGCAGAUAUUCGCUUAUAAAGGGAAUUAUCAGUCUCCGUAGAUGUGAAUAUUUCUACUAAUAUUUACAACUGGUAUUUUGGCUAUAAAAAUCAGCUCAUACCAGCUGUGAAUAUUGGCUGUAUGAACAAAUAAGUUAGCUGAGUUUUAGGCUGGACCAACAGACCUACACCAGCCGAAGUCUUUCCUUUAUUCAUCAUCAUUUGUCACACUUUAAAGUCUGUUUAAGGACUGAUGUUUGUUUAUUUGUUCUUCCUCAGCCUUUAAGUUGUUUGUUUUAAGUCCUGAAGUUUUAGGUCUGAACUACAUUUUAAUAUCUCUAUUGGCUUAAAUAAUUUUGUGAAUUUCAGCAUAUCAGAUAUCCACAAAAUUCAAAUAUCAUGCAUCCUCACUAGGCACACAACAUUGUGUAAUUUAUUUUUUAAUCACUGAAAAGUUCAGGCAAACUCCAGCCUAGUGUCUAAAAUGCCAACAUGUUUGCACAGUUUUGACAGUGCUCUCUCUCUCUUUGUUUUUUUAUGGCAGCUUUUGGUAAAAAUAUGACUAAAGAUCUUUAGUUUUGGUAAAUUUUUGAUACUUUAAGCAUGUAAAUAAAAAAUGUUAGAUCAAAAGGUAUGAAAGCAUUUAACAUUCAGAUGAUCCCCUGUUGUUGCUGGUUGUUAACAUGUAAAUAUGUUAAUAAAAUUGUUUUUUUCUCAUUA